AUGGACUCAACCAUUGAAGUCACCGAACGCCUUGAGAGGCUGAGCAUUGCCACCAAUCUCCCCUCUUUCACUCUCAACGAAGCCGCAGCUUCUCCUGGGCCUUCUCGCCGCAACCUGAACCUGUCUUUUGUCUCUUCCGAAACUUCCACCCAAGUACAAACCGCAACCGCCAGCACCACCACCCAGGGCUCUGACAACGACGUCACCAUGAGUGACGACCUCAUCACCGCCACCAGAAACCUCUCACUCCAGAGCCGCCUCCUCCAGAACCGCAGCGCCCUAGAUGCACACGGCCGCGGCCACGCCGAGUGGUCUCGCCUGUGCAACCAACGUUCCGCUCGCCACGGCACCGUCUCCAUCGCUAUGAUGAACAUCCGCGCACGCGAGCGCCAGGCCGCCCAAGCUCCCCCUCGGUCUCGCCCUCGUCCUCGUCCUCGCACUUCCUCUCGCGAGGCCCGCGAAGAAGCAGGUAAUUUCUUCAGACACUGUGCCCAGAUCCAAAGCCAGACUAUCAGAGCCCACCACCACCACCACCACCACCAUCGGCCUCGGACUCCUCCGGUCGCUACCACCACCAGUGGCAGUGAGGCCGCGGGCCUGACUAGAGAAGAGCACCAUCAGAAUUUGUUCCGGGCGCAGCUGAGAUGUCGCCUGCAGAUCAGGAUGGUUUCGGCCAUUGCUGCUAGGGCUGGACAUUGA